AUGUCAAUAUCCUCUGAUCUGGAUAAACAAAUAGCACAACUGAAACGAUGCGAGAUAAUACCUGAAUCAGCAGUGAAAGAGCUAUGCCAAAAAGCAAAAGAGAUAUUGAUGGAGGAAGGAAAUGUUCAAUAUGUGGAUAGCCCAGUAACGAUAUGUGGUGAUAUACAUGGACAGUUCUUUGACAUGAUGGAAUUAUUCAAGAUUGGUGGAUUUUGUCCAGAAACAAAUUACAUCUUCAUGGGUGAUUUCGUGGAUAGAGGUUUUCAUUCAGUAGAAACAUUUCUUCUAUUAUUACUAUUGAAAGUUCGUUAUCCAGAUCGUAUAACGUUAAUUAGAGGUAAUCAUGAAUCAAGACAAAUAACUCAAGUUUAUGGAUUUUAUGAUGAAUGUCAAAGGAAAUAUGGAAGUUCAAACGUUUGGAGAUAUUGUUGUGAUGUCUUUGAUUAUUUAAGUUUAGGUUGUGUGGUUGAUGGAAGAGUUUUUUGUGUACAUGGUGGUUUGAGUCCACAAGUUACGAGAUUAGAUCAUAUAAGAGUCAUAGAUAGAAGACAGGAAGUACCUCAUGAAGGACCCAUGUGUGAUUUAUUAUGGUCAGAUCCGGAUGACAUAAGUGGUUGGGGUAUGUCACCGAGAGGAGCAGGAUUCUUAUUUGGCGAUGAUGUCGUUAGGCAAUUCAACCAUGAGAACGAUAUAGAACUGAUAGCCAGAGCACAUCAACUGGUAAUGGAGGGAUUCAAAUUGAUGUUCGACAGGAAGAUUGUGACUGUUUGGUCAGCGCCCAAUUACUGUUAUAGAUGCGGUAAUACAGCAAGCGUGUUGGAAUUAGAUGAGAACUUGCGUCAAGAGUAUAAAGUAUUCGAGGCAGCUCCUCAAGACGCAAGAAGUAUACCGCAGAAAAGACCUAUGAUGCAUGAGUAUUUCUUAUAG